AUGUAUUCGCAGGCGUGCGCUCCAAGGUACAUCUGGUUCUCCGUGUCUCAGUCCAAGUACGAUCCGGAAGACAAUCGAUGGAGCAAGGACUCGCCCGUUGGAAGUCGGAGAGAACCCGUUGGUACUUGCUGGGUCGUCAGCAACAACUUCAACGAGUCGCAGGAAUAUUCACCCUGUCGUACAAGUAAGUUUUAACAUUUCGUUAUUUUCGUAAAUUUCAAUAUUCCCUCUAAAAUACUGGAAUCGUGUAAUACUGGACAUUUCGAAAUUUCGAGUCGAUCGUUGGUUAUUAGAUUGCCAAUACUAAUCGAAUAAUUUGUUAUUUUUCAAUUGGAUAAUUGGUUAGGUUGUCAAUUAGAUUGUCAAUUAAGUUAAUUAAGUAGUUAACUGUAACAGUAGUUAAUUAAUUAAUUCGGUAAGUUUCAACAGAGUUUUGAAAGUGUUUUAGAUUUUCACUUUUUCGGAGAACACUUUUCACUUUUUGUUGUUCAAGAAAUAAAAAAAAUGACUCGGAAACUUCCAAACGUAUACACCUCUUUCAAAAUGAAUUUCAAACACAGCUCGCAUACAGAAAUUCCGAUUUUCAUAAUUGUAUCUAUAAAAUUAAACGACGAAUGUCUCGAGCGAUAGAAUGCCUCCGAACGAUAGAAAAUUGCCAAAUAUUUUUUCUUUCUAAACUUAUUUUUAGCAUUGAGGCCGUCCUUGCGUCCAACAAUACUACUACACAUACACAUAUGUAUAAGCGAAUGA